CUGCCACCCCGAGUGCAGGCGACCCCCCUCUCGCCUUCGACUCCACUCGGUCUAUCGGCUUCUUAGACUUCUCUCCUUUUCUGUCCUAGUACAUCUACUGUGCAUGCUUACAUUUCAUUCGGAACAGUAACAGUAUCACAUCUACAUCAGGCGGACUCUUCGAGUUCCCGCACCAUCUUUGGGUCCCGCUCCCCUUCUUUUCUUAGCUUUCAUUCCUGCUCCCGAGCGUCGAGCGUGACCCUCGAAUUUUCAGUUCGAGCGUCUGUAGGUUGGAGAAAAGCAGCAACUCGGCAGGGAUGAGAACAUGCAGCACCAUGACCCAGAUCUCCUCCAUGACUCCCUCGAAUUACUCGUUUCGUCCUCGCUCUCUUCCUCGCUUUCCUCGCAGUCCCCUACCUCAACGUCCUCUGCUGCACCAGCGAGCUCAUCUACAGAUGUUAACCUCGAUAAUGGGGAUGGGGGAGGUAUAUCCAAAUCCACGCUUGGGUUCUUGCUGACCUUCCUUGGAUUAUUCGUCGCGAUCGUGAGUAUUGCGGUCGGAGGACGGAGGUUGGUGAUGAGGAGAAGACGGGCGCGGGGGGGUACCGGAGCAGCCGGAACGACAGGAACAAGGAAAGUCAGGGAGAUAGGUGAAAGACCAGAGAUGUUCGAGGUUUACUUGGAUCCGAGCAGAGGUUUGAAUGGCGUCGACGGAACUUCGGGAUUGGGAAAGACAGAGUGGAGAGACAUCAUGCCAAUCUCACUCUACCUCGACCCACCGCCGAACACUUCCGCUACCGUCGCCGGAAACACACUCGCUCCGGAUACCUCAAACUCAACGUCGGACGCCUCAAAUACACUCUCGGCUUCACCUUCUUCUCAUGAUGCCACGACAGGUCACCCAGACGGCGGCGGCGUCGAGCUUCACGUCCUGAUGUCUCAAGCCUGGUUUCGCGGUAUACACCCCUUCUCUGUCGCCGACGCCACACCGACCGAUGCUGUAGCGUCGUCUUCGCGGCAUAACGGUCCUGGUCCUAUUCGCGGGCACGGUGGUACAGAGGUAGAGGGCAAAGGGGAGCAAGCAGAGACGAAGCUGAGAGUCACAGUCCUGAUCGCUAUGCCUUCCGAAAGUCGCUCGAAGGCACGCGCAGGGCUUCGUAGACGCAACGUCGACAGUACCACUUCUGCUCCUCGGGACUUGAAAGGAAAGGGCAAGGCGCGCGCCUCGGAUCGCGAUAUCGUCGACCACACGAGCACGGCCCCCGACAAUAUCAACUUCACGGACUCGGACUUCAUGAAUCACGCGGUCCAUACGCCUUCUUUCCUACCUCUACCUGUACUUGCGGGCUCCUCGUCUGAGGCGCAGACGCGGUCAGAUGAGACUUACCUUGACGAUCCGGCGUAUGCGAAUCGGCCAAAUCCAGGCGUAGAUGCUGGUCCAAAGGACGAGGCGGAUGCCAUGGCUGGUGAAGAAGUUAUAGAUGAAGAAGACGAGGAGGAAGGACCUUAUCUCGGUGAGGAUGGAUCGUACGAGCUCGGAAUCGUCAGUCUACCCUGGGAGCCGAACGGAAACAGUGGUCCUCUGGCCCCAUUCUUCGUUCGCGAGGUCGACCCUGAUUCCACCGGCGAAGAUCAUACUGGCGCUGCAGUCGGAGGCUUAAACCUCUCGCCCGCACGCGAUCGACAAUCCAUUGUCGCCCCGUCCUCCUUAACCUCCUCGAUGACACCUCUCCGCCGCCCACAGCCCGCACAUACACGCCCACCGCCGGUCAUGCGAGGACAACCUCCGAGGGUCCAUACGCGUCCACAACCGCGCGCACCCCCGCCUAUGAUCAGAGAAGAUAUCUCGAUGUGGCCUAUGAACUUUUAUGGGGAUAUUCCAGCGCCGAGGCCUUCGCGGCCUGCGGACUCGUCCUCUCAACCGCCGUCGGGGUCGAUGUCUCGACCUGAGACGUCGGGUGUUAGUUCGUCGAGUGGGGACGGGUCGGGUCAAGGUGGAGGACGAAGAUUGUUUAGGCUCGGGCUUGGGAUUGGACGUUCGAAGACAGGCAGCGGUGCUGGUGAGAUCGGUUCGGGGGUAGGAGUGGAGUUGAGCGCGAUGUCCAUGUCCACGCCUGUGGCGGGCACUUCUGGUGGCGCUACUUCGCCUACAUCACCUUCAUCGACGCAGGGACCAGCUGAGUCUCAAGACCGUAGGAGGGCGAAUGGAGCUAGUGAUAUGGUCGUAAACGGAGUGCGGAUGAGUGAGUUUAUCUGAGUUCAAGUUGACGUCGUUGUCGUUGUCGUUGUCGUUACCGGUGGGGUUAUUUUCGAUUAGGGUUUACUCUGAGACCAUGGUGGAACCCGGAAUGCAUUAUAUACUUACUCAUUUACUUGUUACUCGUACUACUACCACUGUCUCUAUCUGUACUCCAACCCACCCCACUGCUGUUUCUACAUUCAUCCACUACAUCUGUUUGCCUGUGUUUUGUUUGCAUACCAUACAACUUUCAACUUUA